CCUUCAACGGCGAGGUCAUUCCUUCCGCAGAUCAGUCCCACAGCUUGUACCAUCUCCUCAUCCGCAGCCAUGUCCUCCCUCUCCAGCCCCAUCAAGCGCCUGGCAGUCAUAGGCGCCGGUCAAAUGGGCACCGGAAUCGCCUACGUCUCUGCCCUCCGCGCACGCUGCACCUCUGUAACCCUCGUCGAUUCUUCCCCUCAGCAACUCUCAAAGGGCAGCGAAUUCCUCGAAUCACUCCUUCAAAAAGACCUCAAGAAGGGGAAGAUUCGAGAAGAGGAGGCCAAGCAUGCAAGAGGAGCUUGGAAGACCGUAGGGAGUAUUGAUGAGCUGAAGCAGACACAUCCUGGUGCAGCUGGCGGGGAAGAAGGUUUAGACAUGGUCAUCGAAGCGGCCACGGAGAAGCUUCCCGUGAAACAAUCCCUCUUCUCCUCCCUCUCUCGCGCCUUUCCCGAUCCCCAAACCAUACUCGCAACAAAUACGAGCAGUAUCUCCAUUAGCAAAAUCGCAGCAAGCGCAGUACUCCCCUCUGAGGAACUCGCAAAAAGUCGGAGCGCCUCACGCGUUGUAGGUCUGCACUGGAUGAACCCAGUCCCCGUCUUGCCACUCGUGGAGAUCAUUCCUGCUCUUCAGACAAGCGAAGAGACUCUUCAACGUGCUCGCCAUUUUGCAGAGGUGUGCGGAAAGACCCUCGUGCACUCCAAGGACUCGCCGGGAUUCAUCGCUAAUCGUCUCCUGAUGCCGUACAUAAAUGAAGCCAUCAUUUGUCUUGACGAGGGAGUGGCUUCAAAGGAGGACAUCGACACGACGAUGCACCUCGCAAUGGGUCAUCCGAUGGGACCUCUCAAGUUGGCCGAUUUCAUUGGAUUGGAUACCUGCUUGAGCAUCAUGAUGACGCUGCACGAGGAGACGGGUGACUCAAAAUACAGACCGGCAGUACUAUUGGGAAGGAUGGUGGAUGCGGGAUGGGUCGGAAAGAAGGGAGGAAAGGGAUUUUAUGACUAUUGAGCGAGGCUGGUUUCCCGCAACUCCAAUCAUCCAGCUGCAUCGACAUGCCAUGACUCGGCCUCUUCCUCUGCAAGGCCAAGCCCUACCGUCAGAAUCUC